AUGACCGAGACCCCAGGCACCCCACGCACCUGGGCUCUCCCGCCUACCGCCCCAAGGCCAAGGGCGGCCCGGAGCGGAAAGAAGGCCACAUGGGGCCUUCAGAUGCUGUGCGCCCGGAGACCACUUCGGUCCCCAGACCGGCCCUAUUCCAAGCGAGAGACUGAGAUCGGGCGUGCCAAGGACCGGGGACACAAGAGGGCCGGGCUUGGGGGUGGUGGUGCCGAGUUUAGGAGGGCCGUGUACCGCGUGUGUGUGGGCACUGCUCCCUACCUGAUGGCCGGCACACUGGACAACAUUUUUGUCACACUGGUGGGCACAUGUGGUGAGAGCCCCAAGCGGCGGCUGGAUCGCAUGGGCAGUGGCUUCGCCCCUGGCCAGGUGCAGAAGUACAAGGUACGCUGCUCAGAGGAGCUGGGUGAGCUCUUGCUGCUGCGGCUCCACAAGGAGCGCUACGCUUUCUUCCCCAAGGACUCCUGGUACUGCAGCCGUAUCUGCAUCACUACCCCUGGUGGUACUCUUUGCCACUUUCCCUGCUAUCAGUGGAUUGAGGGCUACUGCACCAUAGAGCUUCGACAAGGAACAGGCGGAACUAUUUGUCAGGCCUCCCUUCCCCUCCUUCUGGAUCACAGGAAAUGGGAACUCCAGGCCCGACAGGAAUGCUACCGCUGGAAAGUCUACCCUGCCCCUGGCUUCCCGGGCAUUGUAGACGUCGGCAGCUUUGAGGAGGUGGAGUCAGAUAAGAAAUUUGCUUUGAUCAAGAGGGUGCCUUGUGCAGACCAGGGCGACAGCAGUGGGAAUAGGUACCUGCCUGGCUUUCCCAUGAAAACUGACAUCCCGUCCUUGCUGUCCAUGGAACCCAAUAUUCGCUACUCGGCCACCAAGACAAGCUCGCUGCUCUUCAACGCCAUCCCUGCGUCCCUGGGCAUGAAGGUUCUGGGUCUGCUGGACCGUAAGGGCUCCUGGAGGAAGCUGGAUGACAUCCGGAAUAUCAUGUGUUGCCACAAGACCUUCACCUCAGAGUACGUCACUGAGCACUGAUAUGAAGACCACUUCUUCAGAUACCAGUACCUGAACGGUGUCAAUCCUGUCAUGCUCCACUGCCUCUCCAGCUUGCCCAGCAAGCUGCCUGUCACCAGUGACAUGGUGGCCCCCUCGCUGGGACCAGGCACCUGCCCGCAGACAGAGCUAGAGAGGGGGCACAUCUUCCUAGCGGACUACUGGAUCCCGGCAGAGGUCCCCAUCCACUGCAUAAACGGCCGCCCGCCCUCCCCACUCUGCCUGUUGUGGCUCAACCCCCAGGGGGCGCUGGUGCCCUUGGCCAUCCAGCUCAGCCAGACCUCCGGGCCAGGCAGCCCCAUUUUUCUGCCCACUGACUCCGACUGGGACUGGCUGCUGGCCAAGACGUGGGUGCGCAACUCGGAGUUCCUGGUGCACGAGAACAACACGCACUUUUUGUGCACGCAUUUGCUGUGCGAGGCCUUCGCCGUGGCCACGCUGCGUCAGCUACCGCGCUGCCACCCCAUCUACAAGCUCCUGCUUCCGCACACUCGCUACACGCUGCAGGUGAACACCGUCGCACGCACGCUGCUCAAACCAGAGGGCCUUGUGGACAAGGUCACGUCCAUCGGGAGGCAAGUCCUCCUCUACCUCAUGAGCACCGAUCUGGCCCACUUUACCUACAGCAAUUUCUGCCUUCCAGACAGCCUGCGAGCCCGCGGCAUCCUGGAUACCCCCAACUACCAUCACCGAGACGACGGCCUGAAGGUCUGGGCGGCCAUUGAGAGUUUUGUCUCAGAAAUCAUGGCCUACUAUUACCCCAGUGAUGCAUCUGUGCAGCAGGAUUCGGAGCUGCAGGCCUGGGUUGGAGAGAUCUCUGCUCAGGAGUUCCUGGGCCAGGAAAGCUCAGGCUUCCCAUGCAGGCUGUGCACCCCGGGAGAGCUGGUGAAGCUCCUCACUGCAGUCAUCUUCAACUGCUCCGCCCAGCACGCCGCCGUCAACAGUGGGCAGCAUGACUUUGGGGCCUGGAUGCCCAGUGCCCCAUAAUUCAUGAGGCAGCCCCCACCGCAGACCAAGGGGACCACCACCCUGAAAAGUUACCUAGACACCCUCCCGGAAGUGAACACCACCUGUAGCAACAUUCUCCUCUUCUGGUUGGCCAGCCAAGAGCCCAAGGAUCAGCGGCCCCUGGACACCUACCCGGACGAGCACUUCACCGAGGAAAGGCCUCUGCAGAGCACCGCCAUCUUCCAGCCCACCGCCAUCUUCCAGAGCCGCCUGGCUCAGAUCUCGCGAGACAUCCGGGAGCGGAGCGGGGGCCUGGAGCUGCCCUACUACCUGGACCCUCCCCUCAUCGAGAACAGCGUCUCCAUUUAA